AUGGUCUCCGUUGCCACUGCUCCUCUCUCACCGGCCCUCACAGCCACACCUUCCAUUCAUCAAUCAAAGAUGAUUGCGAUGUCGUCUCCUGUAUCGAUCCUCAAGUCUUCCAAACCCGUCGGGAUCAAACGCAAGAUGGACGACACCGACAUGGACUUCUCUCCGUCGAUCCCGGAUGACCUCCCCAAGCAUCUCGAUAAGCGCCCGCGCGUCACCUUCGAUGACAAAAAUACCGUCCGCACAUUCUCGGUCCCCUCCGACGACCCGUUCACAGACACACAAGGAAAGAGUGCUGCGGUUAUUCGUGAAGAAGUUCGUCAGGCCAUUCAUCGCCAUGUCACAGCUGGGGAUAGCGAGGCCUAUGACCAAAUCAAGGAGAUAUUCGUUGCCGACCCUAAAAAGGCGGACACUGGCAUGCAGGCAUGGAACCUUCCGACACACGCAUCCCUCAAGAAUCACCUGAUGGGUCUCCUCUCUCACAUCGCCUCCUUGGAUCGCAACUGCAGCGGGCUAGUAAAUGCCGUUCUCGACAGUGAGUGGCUGGGCCGCGAUGAGGCCUAUGUGAAACUCUUCAUCCGGUUCCUGGGCAAUCUCGCCGCGGCACAGGGAACAUAUCUUGGUCAGGUCUUCCGCAUGUUGACUUCGAAACUGACCGGCGUCUCAUAUGGAACUGGCCGACUUCCUGGCUACCCCGUUGUUCAACCCUCUGAGAUCUACGCUCGUAUCCAUAUGGCCCUGCGCCAUUGGAGCCCUGUCGCCCAUCUUAUCUCACCAAUUUCCCCCCAUCCCGACCCUGCCAAGUGCUUCCUCGCCUAUACCCGCAACCUCAUCAAAAUUAUCCAAUACGCCCCCGAGCUUCAGUCCGACGUUCUUGCCCUCAUCACCGAGAAACUGGUCAAGAUUGAUGUGCAGAUACAAGUGGAUUUGGAAGAUGUCGAGGACGAGUUCGGAGAGGAAUUCCUCUUGGAAGCUCCUAACCCAGACGAAGAGCUGGACGAUGAAGAUGAAGACUUGAGUGAUGACGAUGAGGCCAACGAACGUGGCCAGGAGAUCAAGUCAAACAUCCAAAAAGUAGACGGGAUGCUUGAUAUUCUCUUUGAAUUCUACUCAGACCCCUUCUCCUCAGGGACUGCGGUCGACAAAGAAAACACUUUGUCACUUCUAAUCAGCCACUUCCGAUCCAUCAUUCUCCCAACCUACAAGUCCCGACACUCUCAAUUCCUCCUUUUCCAUUUCUCUCAGUUGUCUCCUGAGCUUGUUGAGCUGUUUGCCACCGAGUGUAUGGAUAUCAUCAGCAGCAAGUCCCAGCCUGGUCUUAUGCGCCAGUCGGCUGCCGCCUAUCUAGCCAGCUAUGUCGCUCGUGGUGCCCACAUCUCUGGGGACGUUGUGCGCGAUGUCUUCGACCUCCUGCUUACACAUGUGGACAACCUGCAAGCGGACUAUGAACCUGGCUGCCGCGGUCCAGAUCUUCGUCGCUACGCUCCAUACUACUCCACCGCUCAGGCCGUGCUCUACAUUUUCUGUUUCCGCUGGCGUGAUUUGACUACUGCAGCUAUCGAAGGUGACACUAUAGAUCAGAUCGAUGAGCUCGAGCCCAGCCAAAUUAUCUUCCCACCCAACGUCAAGGAGUACCUUCACAAGUCGAUCUACUCGCGACUGAACCCGCUCAAAAUUUGCUCGCCUGGCAUCGUCACCCAGUUUGCACGCAUUGCCCACCACUUCCAGCUCCUUUACGUCUACCCCCUCCUGGAGACCAACAAGCGUCUUCGCGUUACUUCUUUCCGCAGCCUUGGUAAUCUCGGCCAAGUGGGGCGUGAAAUACGCGCUAGCGACCACCUUGGCCACCAACUCGACGCUUACUUCCCCUUUGACCCAUACCACCUACCUCGCAGCCGGCGCUGGCUGGAGGGUGACUAUGUCGAGUGGCGCGGUGUCCCAGGUCUGGACGACGAUGAGGACUCAGACAGCGAAGCUGAUGAGGAUGAGGACGAUGACGACGAUGUCACAGCAACUGACGAGGAGUGA